AUGUCGUCUUGGAACCCUCAGCCUGCAGGUUUGCAGGAGAUUCUGUCGACCAUUCAUGAAUCAACAGACAUGAACGUCACUGUCCAGCGAAAUAUCACCCAAAAACUCAACUCUUUCACCCGUGUCCCAGACUACAUAGCCUAUCUGGCCCACAUCUUGACAGCGAUGCCACAAGAAGAAGAACGAAUUAGAACGAUAGCCGGUUACCUUUUAAAAAACAACGCACGUCUCAUCCUCAGCUCAUCUCCAGAAGUGGCCCAGUAUGUUAAGGCCGCCGUGCUCCGCGCCUUUGAUGACGGGUCUGUGAUGAUUCGAAAUGCCGCUGGUCAAGAUAUCGUAUCCUUCCUUGGAGUCCUUGAACCCAGAAACUGGCCAGAGUGUUUAUCUCAGUUGGUGAACAUGUUGGACCUUUCCGAUCUGGAUAAGCAAGAGGCCGCGUUCAACGUAUUGGAGAAAGCUUGCGAGGAUUAUCCGCGAAAACUGGACGUAGAAAUCGGUGGAACGCGACCUCUAGACUUCAUGAUCCCCAAAUUUCUCUCCCUUGCAGACCACCCAUCGUCCAAGAUGCGUUCGCAUGCAGUCGCUUGCCUUUCGUAUUUUGUUCCUGUGAACUGUCAAUCUCUCUUUCUUCAUAUCGAUUCGUUCAUCGCUUGUUUGUUCAGACGAGCUUCCGACGAUGACCCUUCGGUCCGUCGACACGUAUGUCAAGCUCUUGUUUUGCUGCUCGCUGCACGGCCAGAAAAGCUAAUGCCCGAGAUGGACCAUGUGGCCGAGUACAUGCUUUACUCCACAAAGGACAAGAAUGAGAAUGUUGCCCUCGAAGCAUGCGAAUUUUGGUUGACGUUUGCUGAGGACGUUGAACUGGCCCCAUUCCUACAGCCUCUACUUGGCAAGGUUGCCCCAGUCUUGUUGGACUGCAUGAUCUACGGCGAAGACGAUUUGCUAUGGCUCGAAGGUGACGCUGAAGAUGCUGAAAUUCCUGACAAAGAGACGGAUAUCAAGCCUCGCCACUAUGGUAGCAAGUCACACGGGUACGAGCGGGACGCGAAUGGUGAGCCCACUGAAGCCCCGAAAGCUCGCAUCGGUGCGUACGGUGAGGAGACUAUUGACUCCGACGAGGAUGAUGAUUAUCUGGAUGACGACGAAUUUGUGGACGAGAUGUCCACUGAAUGGAAUCUUCGCAAGUGCGCUGCGGCUGCACUUGAUGUCCUCGCUGUCAGGUUUAGCGGCGAUUUACUUAAUGUAUUGCUGGCUCCUUUGAAAGACAAAUUAUGGAGUAAUGACUGGCUGCAGAGGGAGAGUGGUAUUCUCGCACUUGGUUGUAUUGAAGCGAUCGAGCCUCACUUGCCAACUCUCGUUCCGUACCUCAUUAACACUCUUAAUGAUUCGAAGCCUCUUGUCAGGUCAAUCACUUGUUGGACGCUCGGGCGUUAUGCGAGUUGGACUACACAACCCAUUUCAGACGAACACAAGCAAAAAUACUUCAUACCUACAAUGGAAGGACUUUUGCGCAUGGUCCUCGAUAAUAACAAACGGGUUCAAGAAGCGGGAUGUAGUGCGUUUGCGACUUUGGAAGAAGAUGCUGGGAUAGAACUUGCGCCGUAUCUCGAGCCGGUCUUGCGCAAUUUGGUCUUCGCCUUCGACAAGUAUCAGCACAAGAAUAUGCUAAUCUUAUAUGACGCCGUUGGAACCUUAGCUGACGCCGUUGGGCGCGAGCUUUCCAAUCCGACAUACGUUGAAAUCCUAAUGCCUCCGCUCACUAAUCGUUGGGCGAAGCUGAAAGACGAUGAUAUUGAUUUGAUACCACUACUCGAGUGCCUGGCCUCAGUAACAAUUGCUAUGGGACAAGCCUUUCUUCCAUAUGCACCUCCAGUCUUCGAGAGAUGUUGUUCCAUCAUACACACCUCACUUCUUCAGUACCAGCAAUUUCAACAGAACCCUGAACUCGACGAACCAGACAAAUCGUUCCUAGUAGUGGCACUGGAUCUUUUGUCGGGCCUUACUCAGGGCCUAGGCAUGGCGCUGGAAGUGCUCAUCAACCAGAGCCAACCAAAUUUAUUGACUCUACUCACAGUUUGCUUGAAGCAUCCGCAAGCUCCUGUUCGUCAGUCUGCGUAUGCUCUCGUUGGUGACAUGGCCAUGGGUUGCUUCAGUAUCUUGAGGCCCUUCAUGCCUGGUAUCAUGUCAGAAUUGAUCUUGCAGUUGGACCCGGAGCCGAAAGUUGAAUUUGUCAGUGCAUCAAACAAUGCAGCAUGGUCUGUUGGAGAAGUUGCAUUACGCUACGGACGAGAUGAUGCCGAAUUUCAACAAUGGGUGAACCCACUCAUUUCGAGGUUAAUCCCGAUCCUUCUUCAUCCCAAGGCACCUCGAAGCUUGCACGAGAAUGCGGCUGUAUCAAUAGGACGUAUCGGCCUCAUGCAUCCUGGCAUUGUUGCGCCACAUCUUCCUGAAUUCGCCCAAGCUUGGUGUCAGGCACUUUAUGAAAUCCGGGAUAACGAAGAGAAGGACUCGGCAUUCCGCGGGUUGUGUACCAUGGUACAAGCAAAUCCAGCUGGUAUUGCGAAGAGUUUACUUUGGUUCUGUAACUCAAUCGUCCGGUGGAAUCAGCCAUCGCCGGAACUCAAUAAUAUGUUCCAGACGCUGUUACAAGGCUUUAAGCAGCACGACGAAGCCGGGUGGGCUGCUCAAGUUGCAGCGUUUCCCCCCGUCAUUCAAGAACGGCUUGCUACACGAUACGGAGUUUAA